AUGCAUAACGACGUUGCUCGCUUCUCUAAGGUCUACGUCGCCCGCAACGCCCGCACUGGCGAGCUGGUCGCCAUCAAGGCCCUCGACAAGGAGAAGAUCCUCCGGGACGGACUCUUCGCCCACAUCAAGCGCGAGAUCGCCAUCCUCCGCCGCGUCCGCCACCCCUACAUCGUUCAGCUCCACGAGGUCAUGGCCACCCGGAUAAGGAUCUACUUCGUCAUGGAGUACGUGCGCGGCGGUGAUCUCUUCUCUCGCGUCGCCAAAGGCCGCACGCUCGAGGACGCCGCCCGCCGAUACUUCCAACAGCUCGUCUCCGCCGUCGCCUUCUGCCACGCCCCCGGCGUCUUCCACCGCGACCUCAAGCCCGAGAACCUCCUCGUGGACGACAACGGCGACCUUAAGGUCUCCGACUUCGGCCUCUCCGCCGUGUCCAACCAGAUGCGCGACGACGGGCUCUUCUUUACCCUCUGCGGCACCCCGGCCUACGUCGCGCCCGAGGUGCUCUCCCGCCGGGGCUACGACGGCGCCAAGGUCGACAUUUGGUUCUGCGGCAUCAUCCUCUUCGUGCUGAUGGCGGGAUACCUCCCCUUCUAA